AAUAAUGCCAAGACAUUCUUCCAGCUCGAGCAGAAGCCAUAGAAGUAAAUGCUUUAAAAUUGAAUUUGCAUAGAGAAGCAUAGCAAGAAAUACAGGAGACAUUCAAGUUCUUCUUCUUCAUCGUCGGAUUCGUCGUCAGAGAGACACCAUUCAAGGAGAAGAAGGGGUCAUCACAGUCGUCGUUCAAGAUCACCUCGCCCACGUUCAUCGAGUCCUAUCAAGAAGGUGUUUAUGAAUGUACAAAUUCAAAUUCUAAAAGCGAAAGCCCAUCUAAUCCACAUCAAGCGCAGAGACAAUCAAAGAAUAUAGGGCCUAACAUAAUAUCUUCAUUCGAUCUCAACAUGUAAAUGUCCCAGAUCCUAUCAUGAGAUUUGAGGAUGUUUAAUGUUUCCCACAGAUAUUGAUGGACUUGCUGUUGAAGGCCGGUUUCAAAGGACCCACUGCCAUCUAAGCCCAAGGGUGGUCGAUUGCACUAACUGGACAUGACCUCAUUGGAAUAGCGCAGACGGGUUCUGGCAAAACUCUUGCCUUCCUUUUACCAGCGAUCGUCCACAUUUUGGCAUAGGCUAGGUCCCAUGAUCCAAAAUGUUUGAUAUUGGCUCCAACCAGAGAAUUGACAUUGCAAAUAUAUGAACAAUUCUAAAAGUUUUCAGUGGGCUCUCAACUUUAUGCAGCCUGUCUUUAUGGAGGACAAGAUCGCUACAUACAGAAAAGUCAAUUGCGCAAAGGCCCUUAAGUUUUGAUUGCUUGUCCAGGUCGUUUGAUUGAUCUAUUGGAUUAGGGUUGUACCACCCUCAAAUAGGUUAGUUUCCUCGUACUCGAUGAAGCCGAUCGUAUGCUCGACAUGGGUUUUGAGCCCUAGAUUCGAAAGAUCGUCGAUCAAAUCCGUCCCCAGAGAUAAACUAUGCUUUUUUCUGCCACCUGGCCAAAGGAAGUUCAAAAGUUAGCCCUUGACUUUUGUAAACAAGAGCCAGUCCACAUUUAAAUAGGGAAUGUGGAGCUGACUUCAAACAAGAUGAUUAAAUAAAUCGUCUAUGUGAUGAAAGCAAUUGAAAAGAAUUAAAGGUAUAAUCAAACUAUUGAUGGUUCAAAAUAUAUAUACAAGAUCAUCAAUAUCUUUAUUAUUUGAAUAUAUUAAGGUUGCUCUAUUUGUUGAAGGACAUAGCACACAAAAAAAUAUUGAUCUUUUGCUCCACCAAGAAGGGAUGCGACUAACUUUAAAAGACUCUAGAUAGAGAAGGAAUUCGAUGUCUCGCAUUACAUGGAGAUAAGAAGUAGAGCGUAUUAUUCUGUUCUUACCCUUUAGGAGAGAGAUUACGUAAUGAGUCAUUUCAGAAAUGGCAGAUCUACAGCUCUAAUAGCUACUGAUGUUGCAUCCAGAGGAUUAGACAUAAAGGACAUAGAAAUCGUUGUAAAUUACGACAUGCCCAAAGUAAUCGAAGAUUAUGUACACAGAAUUGGAAGAACUGGUAUUCUCUUCUAAUCUAUUCUUCAGGUCGUGCUGGAGCCAAUGGUCAGUCGAUUUCAUUCUUUGCUUCCGACGAAGAUGCCAGAAUGGCCAAAGAUUUGGUGGAGAUUCUUAGGGAAUCCUAAAAUGACAUUCCUUAUGAAUUGAGAAGUCUGGUGGAUCAACAUAAUAAGGGAAACAAUUACAAUCCUUAUAGAAGAUGGAAUUCUUCAGGACCCAGACAUAUGCAAUAGCCAUUCAUGUAACAUCAGCAUCAAAAUUAAAAUUAACAUCCACAUCAACCUCAACCUCAACAUUAGCCAUCUCAUUAUCCAUCUUCAUGGUCAUUUUAAACAUUCAAUCCACAAAUUCUUUAGUAGAUAAAUCCAUAUCAAAUUUGAUGUUUUCAUAAAUCAAUAUUUUAUAAAUCAG